AUGCUUCUGCUUUCUCUCUUCCUCUCGCUGGGCUUCGCGCAGUCCAGCGGUCUAUGGCUCGUGGCUGACAUACAGAUCAUUCAGUGGCAAACAGGUAUAAUGAAUGACCAUCCACAUCGGCUAGACCUUUGCGAUGGCGGUAGCCGCGGCAAUGCUUUUCAAUUAAUUCGUGGUACUGCUCGAAAUCGAUCCCUCCUGCCAUUGAGGAAUCAUUCAAUCGAGAGAUCUAGACAACUUGAUUACCGGCCAGGCUUGAUGUGGAACAUCAGAGAAACAAGCAAUCGAUAUCACUUCCUGGUCUCCAGUGAGCAGGACGGACAGCAACACUUCUCCAUCACUGUGACGAGAUACUAUGCACACUGCGAGAAUAUGAAAGAACCUAUGAAUCUGAACUUUGAAGAGGUUGAUAUGGCGCUUUCAGGACAGUUGGUCGAAUGGCAGGUGACACUACGAACUGGAUCAAUGAUUAUCAAAGGCUCUUGUACCCACCACGACUAA